AUGGACAUGAACUAUCAAACAGGCAACAUGGACCUUGACUUCGUGUCCUCGCCUUUCUCUGCCGCACCCAGCCCCUUCGACACCUCUGCCGUCAAGGAUAUGGACAUUCAAUCGCUCAACCUUUACCCACCACUUGAUCCUCCGUCUCGGGAGGACUGGGAGCGGUUCAAACCCGUCAUACUGGAGCAGUACGUUGGUUUGAACCUCACCGUCAAGGAGCUCGUUCACCAUAUGGAGAUGUGGUACCAGUUCAAGGCCACGCCGCGCAUGUUCAAGCAACGCUUCACUGAGUGGAACGUCUUUAAAUACGCCGCAGCUGCACGGAGGCGGCAGCAUAACUCUUCCACCAGCUUCACAUCCGCACCCGUACAACUUUCAGCUUCUCCCACCACCGACGUGGCCAGUACCGCCAUGAGUCGAGUUUCCUCCGCCACGUCAUAUGCUUCUUCCUCAUUCUCGAACCCUUUUCCAGACGAGGCUGAGCAGUACACUGGCAACUGGGGCUGCAUCCAAGGAGGCACUUGCUCACAAGCUGCCGUCUGCGCGCACAGGCACUGCAUCCAGACCUUCCUCGCCAACCUCGAACAAUACAACCAGGUCCCCCAGACCAGCCAACCGCCACAAUUAUCUUCACCAUAUGGGCAACCGGCAGUACCACGACGAGGAUCGGUUGAGAAAGUCUUGUAUUAUGUCGAGCAAUUCUCCGACUCGUGGAUGUCACCCGAUGCCAAUACUCACUUGCCUUGCAUUCCAGAUGCUGCUGACCAGGCAAAACGGAUCACUUCAGGUAUCUCUAACCACUGUUCUCACAAGUCAAGCCCCAAGCAAUGCGAACGAUGCACUUGGGCUGAGUUCGAUUUUGGCUUAGCAAUGCUAGAGGACGGUCAUGCUGACCUCGCCGUCACUAGCUUCGAACUUGGAUGCCGACUGGCCCACCUCCUACUCUCGCAGCCUUCCAAACUAUUCAUCCGAAACUUGGUCAUGGCGUUCGGAAGCUCCCGAUGGGAGAAAUUUGAGUCGUUCCGCCACAAGCUGCUGGAAUACCUCGCCCUGAUGGCCCAGGUCGUGCUCGGUGACAACCACCCGAUUACCAUCAUCCUCCAAAACGUGGCCUACGGGGACACUCUCGUUGCAGCCUCCGAGUUCGCCUUGCGGACCAUGAUCCGCACUUUCGAGAAGACUACCCGAGCAGCCCACCCAGACGUCCUCCUCGUCAAGCGCUCCCUCUCAGUCAUCCUUCGUCGCGAACAGCAAUUCCAAGUUGGCGAGGAACUUCUCCUCUCCGCCAUCCACGACAGCGAGACUGAGAACGGCGAGGAUCACAAAGAGACCCGCCGCUGCCUCCGCCGCCUUGGUCACCUAUAUAUGCAACAGCAGCGCUGGGACGAGGCCGAGGCCGUCUUUAUGCGCAUCCUCGACUCCGCGCCUGGCAAACAGGAAUACGCCGAGAACUGGGUCCCCGAUGAGAUCAGCGUCUACACCUACCAACACCUGGCCCGCAUGGCAAGCGACAUGGGCGACCGCACCAAGUGCCGCUAUUGGUUCUCGCGGGAACUCGUCGCGGCCAUCAAGCGCUGGGGACCACAGGCAGACUAUGCCACCGAGUGCCUCCAACUGGCGUACAACGAGACGCCUCCGGACAGUCUGCACUACGUCGUCGAGCAAUAUCCCGAGAUCCUGCUGACCGCGCAGUCGCUGCAGCUACAGGGCAACGUCAUCGUCAGCAAAGCGAGGUGGUGCGCGGUGCGAAACCUCAUCUGA